GUCCUUUUGGGUUUUGUGAUGCAAUUUGUCUUCAUGUUUUUGAAUGUAAUGCUCAGUACAAUGUAACAAGCUUCUGGGUGGAAAGUGUUCAAACUAGCAUGCAUGCCAACAGUCCCUAUAUGGUCGGGACAGUCCCGAUUUCCUAGAAAAUGUCCCGCGUCCCGAUAUUUACCCAUAGGAAAAAAAAAAUUCUGCACAGCAGUUAGUGAAAACCACGCGCUGUGCUCUUCAUGCGGCUGACACAUCUGCUGAUCACUAACGUAUACAAAAGUAAGAACGGUUCAGAACGCCUAUUUUUACUGUCAUGAUGGUUGUGUCGUGUCGGGGUGGUGGAUACGUCUAUUAUAUGAUAGAGUGUUUUUUGCGACUACAAUACUGUUAACUACUAAUAAUGCAGGAAGGACGUCUUUUCAUUCCCUUUAAUUUGAGGGGACUCGGCACUGGUGGUUCUUAGGGGCGAGCAGGGAUAUUGAGGAGUAGGGACACAGUGGGUACAAUGUGUUAUUUUACGUAGUAGGACCUGGGCGCACACUGAAAAAUAAAAUAAACAGUGUUCUUCUCAGAGUGUUUUUAGAACCUAUUCGGAAUACCGUCCACCCCUUCCCUGUUUUGUACUUGUUGUGGUCCAAUGAGAACGGUGUCGAGCUCCCUUUACUCCCUUUAAACCUCAGAGCUACAAACAUCUUGGGAAUGGAGGUUGUUUGUGCGUGUGAAAUAUCCGUAACUCUGACAAACAUAGUUUUCGACGAUGUUCACAGUAAUGCAGUACUCAUAGUUAGUGUAUUUUUUUUAACGGUACUAUAAAUGGAAAAAAGCUACAUUUAACUUACCAUUGACAUUUUCCCUGCAGCAAAAACACAGUUUUAAACGUCAAGGCUUGAAAAAGCAAAACAAACCGUGCUUUAUUUAAAACUAAAAUGUUCUCAGUAAAAUUGCACGCACUUGUUUUGAAAUCUGACGCACCUUAUAUAGGAGCGUCUACCUGUUGGCGUGAUUUCAUCAUACUUCCGGUAUAUGAGCCUUCAAUAUUUAGUCCGUUGUUCGUUUUCUGCGCCUGAGAGGCUGUUAUUCAUGUUUUUUUUUUUUUGCGUCCCAUGUCACAACUUUCACCCGGAACAAUGUUGAUAAAAGGACGGUCCUGCCUGGUCUUUGGUUUCACUGUCACCGUUGGGAUGUUUACAGUGGUCUAUGUGUUCCAUUCCAACAGCACUCUGCUUUCAGUCCCCAAAUACACAACCCCGAACCCUGAGCCUGUUCCCAUUCAAAGAGAAAAGGUACCAGUGAGGAUCGAUAGCUAUUCGAAGAGUUUACGUUAUCCACAGCCGCAAUCCUUGAAGUCACCGAGAUCGGAUGUGAUGACGGUCACCCCUUGGUUAGCAACUGUAGUCUGGGAUGGAACCUUCGACUCUUCCAUAAUCGACAGCCUGUACCAGCCACAGAACCUCACGAUAGGAACCACUGUGUUCGCUAUUGGAAAGUACACCCGGUUUAUCAAAGGAUUCCUGGAGACAGCGGAGAAGCACUUCCUGGUGGGCUACAAGGUGAACUACUACAUCUUCACUGACAAGCCCGAUGAAGUGCCAAGUGUGGCCCUGGGUAUGCAGAGAAACCUCAGCGUCAUCACUGUGUCCAAAUUCUUCCGCUGGCAGGAGAUCUCCAUGAGGAGGAUGGAGAGGAUCCUGAACACCAUCGAGGAGCGCCUCCUGAAGGAGGUGGACUACCUUUACUGCCUCGACGUGGACAUGCUCUUCCACAACCACUGGGGGGCGGAGGUGCUGAGCACCCUUGUGGCUGCAAUUCACCCAGGCUACUACAAGAAUCCCAGGGAGGUGUUUCCAUACGAGCGCCGGCCUGCUUCCCAGGCCUACGUGCCGCUGGACCAGGGAGAUUUCUACUAUGCUGGAGCCAUGAUUGGGGGGCUUAUCGAAAACGUGCGUGCGCUAACCAGGACCUGCCACCAGGCUAUACUGAUAGACAAGCAGAAUGACAUUGAAGCGGCCUGGCAGGAAGAGAGCCACCUAAAUAAGUACUUCUUGCAGCACAAGCCCACCAAGCUGCUGUCACCAGAGUACCUGUGGGACGACACGAAGCCCAAGCCGCCUGAGAUCCACUUCAUUCGCUUCUCAACCGUGUUGAAAAACUACGCAGAGGUCCGGGAGAAUGUUUAGAUAAGGGGCACGUUUCAGAUGACGUGGGAGUCUCUGUUAUUGUAGAGCAUCUUGGUACGGAUCUGAAGUAACACAGUGCUCUUAAGUGAUAUAUUGUUCUUGUUUAGAAUCACUCUGUAUGUCAUGUCUUGCUUCAGUCAGCAUGUCCUGCUGAUAAAAUCAUCCCUUUGGCAUCUCUAGAGCUCUCAAACAUGUCUGCUCUCAAAAUCACAACAGGCAAUACCAUUGAGGUUACCAGACAUCCCAGGAAAGCUGGAAUUUUCCAAAUUUUUAGCCUUCAUUUUUUGUCCCGCUCAGAUCAAACUGUAUCUUGUUCUGCUGUAAAUGCCUGGAAGGCUUAAAGUUGCCUGCAACUUCUAGUUUUAGUUUAGUUGUUGCACCUUUAAUUUUCCCUUUAUUUAGUUAUUAGUAUAUUUCCAAUAAAACUGUUCCUUAAUAUUCACUAAACGUUGUUGUCUCAUUAUUUCAAUAGUGGUGGGUUCAACAUGAUUUGAAUUCAAAUAAACUAUUAUAUGAGCAGCAGUGUGGAGUAGCGGUUAGGGCUCUGGACUCCUGACUGGAGGGUCGUGGGUUCAAUCCCAGGCGAGGGACACUGCUGCUGUACCCUUGAGCAAGGUUCUUUACCUAGAUUGCUCCAGUAAAAAUCCAACUGUAUAAAAGGGUAAUUGUAUGUAAAAAUAAUGUGAU